AUGGAUAACAUCAGUACUCCUGGUAGUCAACCACCCAAUUCUUCAAUUGUGGAACCUACAGUGGUGGAAGCCCAAACUGUUGAGGCUAAUAAUCAACAGAAUGAGCAACCUCCUGCUGCAGUUUCUGGGAAGAAGAGGAAAGAGGUUGAUUCCAGAUCCAGAGUAUGGGAUCAUUUUGUGAGAAUAAAAGACAGUAACAAUAUUACUAUACAAGCAAGGUGUGUUUAUUGUGCAAAAGUGUACAAGUGUGAGUCCAAGAAACAUGGUACAUCUUCCUUAAUAGCCCAUAUGCUAAGCUGUUUGAAAAACCCUCACUCCAAGGAUACUAGGCAGUCCCUUUUAACCUUUCAAGCAGUUAAUACCUCUGAGUCAUCUGAAACUACUGUGGGAGAAAUUGGGGCCUGGGUAUUUAACCAAGACUUAAUUAGGAGGGCAUUGGUUAAAAUGAUAAUCAUAGAUGAACUGCCUUUUAGAUUUGUUGAGGGUUUAGGUUUCAGGAUGUUUAUAGUUCCAUCUAGAUGGAUUAUAAGUAGGGACAUCCUAGUGGUCUAUGAAGAGGAGAGACUGAAAUUGAAGGCCUUUUUAAGGGAAACCAGUCAUAGGGUUAGCAUUACCACUGAUUCUUGGACAUCAAUCCAAAGGAUUAACUACAUGGUUGUGAUUGCCCAUUUCAUUGAUUCAGAGUGGAAGCUGCAUAAAAAAAUCAUAGCCUUUGUCCUUAUUACCUCUCACAAAGGGGAGUAUCUUGCAAAAGCCCUAGAAACAUGUUUGCUGGAGUGGGGGCUUAGGAAUGUUUUUAGUAUUACUGUGGAUAAUGCCUCGUCUAAUGCACUGCUAUGGGAUGGCUUGAAGGAGUGUGAUAGUUCUGUGAAAAAAGUUAGGGAGGUUGUUAGAUAUGUUAGGAAUUCACCUGUCAGGCUAAAGAAGUUCAGGGACUUGGCUGAUUUGUUAGGAAUUGAGCAAAGGUCUUCUUUGUGUCUAGAUGUUCCAACCAGAUGGAACUCUACAUAUUUGAUGUUACAAUCUGCUUUGACUUAUCAAAAAGUCUUUGAAUCUUGUGAAGAGUCUAAUAGUUCUUUCAAAUCUGACUUGGGUGAUUUUGUGCCUAAUUUUAUGGACUGGGAGUCUGUGAGCAGUUUGGUGGAGUUGUUGAAAUGUUUUUAUGAUAUGACAAUCAGAAUUUCUGGAUCUUUAUAUGUGACAACUAACACAUUUUUCAGUGAGAUUUCUGAUUUGUAUUGUAUUUUAAAUGGAAUGGUGGAAGCUGGUGGGGCAGUGAGCUUAAUGGGGAGAAAUAUGAAAGCAAAAUUUGAGAAGUAUUGGGGUGAUAUAGACAAGAUGAAUCUUAUGAUUUUCUUUGCAAACAUUCUAGACCACAGGGAUAAAUUAGAGUAUAUGCCUACUCAAAUUAAUCAUAUGUAUGGUGAGGAGAAAGGUAAACCAUACUAUGAUAAAGUGCUUGCUGGUUUGAAUGAGUUAUUUGAUGAUUAUUCUGUUCCUGCCACUUCUUCUGUUUCUACUUCUUCUGUGUCUGCUGCUGUUGGUAGUGCUUCUUCUGUGAGUUCUGUCAGUUCUGUGUCUGUUGGAAGGCCACAACAUUUACUCAAGUCCCAAAUUAAAAAACAAAGAUUGGAAUCUGGGAGUAAGAAAAAAACUGAAUUGGAUAUCUACUUGAGUGAGGCAAUAGUUGAGGAGGAAAACUCCUUUGAUAUUCUGAGAUGGUGGAAGAUAAAUGCUGAGAGGUUUCCCAUCCUUUCUAAGCUUGCUAGGGGUGUCCUAGCUAUUCCAAUCUCAACUGUUGCCUCUGAGUCUGCCUUCAGUACAUCUGGGAGAGUAUUGGAUCCUUUUAGGAGUUCAUUAACUCCAAAAAUUGUGAAAGCUUUGGUGUGUACCCAGGAUUGGCUUAGACUGCCCAAUACUCCUCUAUGUAUUGAGGAAAAUCUUGAAGAACUGGAGAGGUUUGAAAAAGAGUUAGUUGAUGGUGGAAGUGGAAGGAAUUUUGAUCCUACACUGGCUACAAUUCCUGAAGAAGAGUAG